AUGCGUGCCUUUUAUUUGUUUUCUUGUUUGGCUGUGGCCGCUGUCAUGGCUCGUCCUGAACCACCAGUUUCUAACUCUACUUAAAAUAAUUCUUUUCCAGCCCAUGCUGCUAAACCCCAUGUUUACCAGCAAUUGCCUCAAGAACAUAGCUUUGCUAAUUUCGCUGCUCCCGCUCCCACCUAUGGUGCUCCAGCUGCUGGCCCCUCUCCCGACAGCUUUGCCCCAACCCACCAUGAAACGGCUGCCAUAGAAAUGCCCCAAGAAGAUUCCUAUAAUGCUGCUUAUCGUCAUUCCUCCAACCAACAACAUCAAACCGGUUACGAUAAUGGACCCACUGAAACUCAAGUACACAAACACAUUUAUGUACAUGUGCCUCCUAAGGAUUUCGAAGAGGAAGAUGCCAUGCAACCCCGUGUAACACAUCAAGCUGGUCCCAAGCAAAAACACUACAAGAUUGUGUUCAUCAAGGCCCCAUCUGCUCCUGCUAUGCGUGCACCAAUUGUUGCACCUGCACCACAAAACGAAGAAAAGACCCUCAUCUAUGUGUUGCACAAGAAACCUGAAGCUCAACCUGACAUUGUUAUUCCCACUCCUGCUCCCACUAAACCCUCCAAACCUGAGGUAUACUUCAUUAAAUACAAGACCAAGAAGGAAGAAGCUCCUGUCUAUGGUCCCCCACCAGCCACCAUUGAAGCUGAACCCCGCCAAGCUGUUGAUGUUCCUGCAAAUGAAGGUAACGAUUUUAUGCCUAUGGAUCUUGGCCAAUACGAGAUGGCUGCUACCACCCAACAACCCCAAUACCAAGAAGAAGAACAGCAACAACAAGUCCAACCUCAAUUUGUUAACGAAGAACCCACCAAUAACGGUGCUGAACUCUACAAUGCUCCCACUAUGACCAACUUUAUUAACGAUGAGGUGCAACCCACUGCUGCUGAGCCUCUCAAUCAGUAUUUGCCCCCCGAAACUACCUCAGCACCCAUUGUUGUAGAAGAUGUGGAAGAACCUGCUCAUGUGCCAGCUGCCACUUAUGGUCUGCCCAACAACAGCCGUUUCUUCAUUAAGAAGAGAAAGUAA